GUUCUGUAAACCUGAGCCCGACUCCGAGAUGCCCGCCAUCACCAAUGGCACGAACCCCGAGCUCCGAUCGCCGCUGCUACCUCUGACGGACGCCAAGAAGUCUGCCGGUGAAACCGAACCGGAGAAGGUCUCCAUCGACGACAUGCUCCGGCGGCACUGCGGCGAGUUCGGGCCGUGGCAGCUCCGGCACUUCGUGCUAACGAGCCUCGCCUGGGCUCUCGAGGCUUUCCACACCAUGGUCAUGAUCUUCGCGGACCGCGAGCCCGAUUGGAGGUGCAUCGGCGGCUCGGGCUGCGACUCAACGGCGACGAGCGUGUGCGGCCUCGGACCCGGGUCGUGGGAGUGGGUCGGGGGCCCGGCAACCUCGACAGUCGCAGAGUGGGGUUUGUUUUGCGGAGAGAAAUAUAAGGUCGGCGUGGUCCAGGCCAUCUUCUUCGGCGGCUGCAUGAUCGGUGCUGGAAUAUUCGGUCAUCUCUCAGAUUCCUUCCUGGGAAGGAAAGGAUCUCUCACUGUGGUGUGUCUCCUCAAUACCAUCUUCGGUUGCUUGACGGCUGUUUCCCCUAAUUUCUGGAUUUACCUCCUCCUCCGCCUCCUCACCGGCUUCAGCACCGGUGGUGUUGGCCUCUGCGCUUUCGUCCUCGCCACUGAGCCCGUUGGUCCCACCAAGCGUGGCGCCGCCGGCAUGUCCACCUUCUACUUCUUCUCCACCGGCAUUGCACUCCUCUCCGGCAUUGCCUAUAUCUUCCGGGAAUGGCGUGCUCUCUACAUCGCCUCCUCCAUCCCCUCCUUCCUCUUCCUCGUCCUCGUCAUCCCUUUCAUAUCUGAGUCCCCGAGAUGGUACCUCGUCAGGGGAAGAAUCAACGACGCUAUGAAACUCAUGUCCGACAUCGCCACCACCAACGGCAAGGACCUCCCGGACGGGGUCAUUCUUGCCCUCGACGAUGAAACAUCAGACAAUGACGUUUCCGGAGGCCAUACUCAGACCUGCAAGGAAGAACAGCUGGAGAACAAAGAUGCUGUGACUGGGUCGAUCAUAGAUGUUAUUCGAUCCCCACUAACACGGGUUCGCCUGUUUCUCGCUGUGGCCAUCAACUUCUUGUGCUCGGUGGUGUACUACGGCCUGAGCUUGAAUGUUGUGAAUCUGGAAACCAACAUAUACAUGAAUGUUUUACUGAAUGCGGUGGCGGAGAUGCCGGCUUUCACGAUAACGGCGUUGAUGUUGGACAGAUUUGGGAGGAAGCCGUUGGCGAUCGGGACGUUAUGGUUCAGCGGGUUCUUCUGUUUCUUGGGGAGCUUGAUGAAGAACGUGGGGUUGUGGAAAGUGUUGAAGAUGGUGUGCGGGAUUCUGGGCAUAUUUGGGAUGGCGGGAACGUAUAAUUUGCUGUUUAUAUACACGGCGGAGCUAUUUCCAACUGUGGUGAGGAACGCGGCGCUCGGGUGCGCAACGCAGGCGGCGCAAAUGGGGGCAAUACUGGCACCGUUUGUGGUGGUUUUGGGCGGUGGGCUGCCGUUUGCAGUGUUUGCGGCGUGUGGAAUCGCAGCGGGGGUGUUCGGGUUUUACCUGCCGGAGACGAUGGACCAACCGCUCUACGAUACGUUCGCCGGAAUGGUGAACGGCGGAUGUGCCUCCAAUGUGUAAAUUGUGGUGACGAUGAUCUUCCGUGAUUUUCUAACUUUAAAGCUUUUUGAUCCUUUUCAGUCUUGUUUACUUUUACUAACUACUAUAGUUUAGUUUUGCCCCUCCUGAUGCCUGAUGUAUAUUACGCAAUAAAUUUUCCUUUCUUAUAAUCAAAUGUCAAAACUCGUUUCUCUCUC